AUCCGGUCACUAAAGAAAAAGAAUAUUCCUGUGUGUGUGGCGGGGAAGUACAAUAAAACCAAUACCUCAUGAGAAGGGCAACAGAACUACAACAAUACUUGUGUGUGUGUGCGCGCGCGCAAAGUGCGUUUACCAAGUGUUCUCCGUCUCUAUCAGAUUGUUUUCCUGAGAAGGUAGGACGAUCACAUAUAAUAUUAUUAAGUGUGUAAAUAAGGCAGAUGGUCAGUUUUUUUUCUCUCAGGGUAGGGGAUGCCUGUUGAUAUUUCAGUGAGUUGCUCCAGCAUUUUGUGUUUUUCGCUCCCAACAGCGCAGCCAUUCACAAUUCGCCGUCUCCGACCCAGCGAUCAACUGCGCAGGCGUCGGGGGAGGAGCGAGGGAAAAAAAUCCCCGAAAUUGCGCAUGCGCUCAACGGACAAAUGACUCUGGCGAAUUGGACGUAGGUCGAAUCAAGGCUGCAGUUUGGGGAUCCAUCAGUACUGGCGUCGGUACCGCGGCUAACGGAAAACUUCUGUGAGUUCCGGUAACAUGGUGACCCCGCUAGUUCGGGACAAUCUCGGUCCUUUCCCUCUGUCAGCCCCACCUCCCUAUUAGGACUCCACUGCAAUUUCUGCGGAUCAGUAAUGGCGGCGGCGGCGGCGCCAUUUCUACUGCGCAUGCGCAUUACUGGAAGCGUGCCGGAUAGAUGGGUGUCUUAUUCGUGGCGAUUUCUGGGUAAAGAGGCAGUCAUGGCUGAAAUUUUACUGCUUUCCUCACCAGUCCGUAGAUUGUGUUUGGAAGCACAAGUGGAUGGAAUAUGAGUGGAUGGGUCUCCCAAACACGCCGACCUCCAGAUACCAAAUUCCAAGGUUUAGGGUUAGAAAUGGCGAAGAAUUCGAGCACCUCAGGUUUGCUGUCUCUGCAUAUUUUAAAGAGUGACCAGAUAUUUCCUCUGUGACACCAAUAUAUUUAUUGUGAUCCUUGGAGAUGAAGAAUUUUCUCAUUCCAGCUGAGAAUGUGCUUUGUGACUGAGAUGAAGAUUUCUGUUGUGACUCAGUGAAAUCCACUGGAACGGAUGUGCUGAGAACACUCGGUCUUCAACUUCUUUAAUUGUACAAGGGAGUCACUACGUCAUACAUCUGACUUAGUGAAUUGCUAGAGAGUUGACAGUAGGGAGAUAUCAUUCUCAUUCUGUUACGUGGAAGGGAUUCACUCAGUUAUCUGACCAACUGUCUCACUGUUCAUUUCACCUUAGAGAAAGGCUGUUCACCUCAGAAUUUGGGAAGGAAUCCAUUCAGUCAUCUGACCUACUGACACACUAAUCAGUUCAUACUGGGAAGAUGCUGUUUACUUGCUCAGACUGUGGGAAGGGAUUUCCACGGUCAUGUCAACUGAAGCUACAUCAACGAGAUCACACUGAUAAGAAACAGUUCACCUGCUCAGACUGUGGGAAGGGAUUUGAUUCAUCAUCUCAGCUGCAGAGACAUCGGUCAGUUCACACUGGGAAGAAACCAUUCACCUGCACGGACUGUGGAAAAGGAUUCACUCUCUCAUCCAACUUAUCUAGACAUCUGAAAACUCACACUGAGGAAAAUCUGUUCAGCUGCUCAGACUGUGGAAAACGAUUCACUCGGUCAUCUGACCUUCUCAAACACCAGCCAGUUCACACUGGGAAGUGGUCGUACACCUGCUCAAACUGUGGGAAAGGAUUCAGUGAGUUAUCUGACCUUCGCAGACACCAGUCACUUCACACUGGGAUGUGGCCAUUUACCUGCUCAAAUUGUGGGAAAGGAUUCAGUCGGUUAUCUGAUCUGAAAGGACAUACGCGAGUUCACACUGGGGAGAGGCCAUUCACCUGCUCAGACUGUGGGAAGCAAUUCAUUUGGUCAUCUCACUUGUACAGACACCAGCGACUUCACUCUGGAGAGAGGCCAUUCACCUGUUCCGUGUGUGGGAAAGGGUUUGCUCGAUCAUCCCACCUACAAAGACAUGAGUCAACUCACAGUGUGAAGAAACCGUUCACCUGCUCAGACUGUGGAAAGGGAUUUUGUCAGUCAACAGACCUACUGAUACACCAGUCAGUUCACAGGGGGGAGUAUUUGUUCACCUGCUCAGAUUGUGGGAAAGGAUUCACUCUGUUAUACAACCUACAGGUACACCAGCGAACUCACACUGGGGAGAAACCGUUCAUCUGCUCAGAGUGUGGGAAGCGAUUUGCUCAGAUAUCCAACCUGCAGACACACCUGCGAGUGCACACUGGUGAGAGGCCGUUCUCCUGCUCUGAAUGUGGGAAGCGAUUCAGUCGGACAUCCGAACUUACGAAACACUACCGAGUUCACAGUGAGGACAUAAUUUAAGGAUGCCUUAUGCUGGAUAUUUAAUCAUCAAAGUUGCUGAAUCCAGAGACAAAUUUAAAAGAGACUGUUGGUAUUGAACUCACUAAUUAUUGCUGCUGCUUAUCACACCCAGUUCUACACCCUGGCCACUGGACAUGAGAGGAGUUUCUUCUGCUGAUGUUCACCUUUAAUCCUUUAAUGGAAGUGGAAAUUAAUAUUCUGGAUCUGUGAUUAAUAAAUCAGUUGUAUUAUAUCAUUUGCCUUGGGUUCAUGCUGAAUUUACAACUCACCCCAUGUACAGUAGGGAAUCAUCUUAGUCCAGUUAGACCCUUCCAGUGUUUCUGUUCCAUGAUAAUCCUUUUAAAUCCAUCUUGCUGUUCACCUCUCACUCUUCCUUUGGUGAUGGGUUCCAGACAGUUUCCACUGUGGGUGAAGAAGUUUCCCAUGAAUUUCCUGCAUGACUUUCUGCAGACUGAAGAAGAAGAAGACAAACUGACUGCAGUUAUGUUUCUCUCUCAGAUCUCUUGCCUGAGGAAGAAUAUCCUUGUUGGCCAGAAGGGACUACUGUCUACAAAUCAUUGGAUUUGAAUGAAUGGAGGUCAGUGGAAGUAGACAAAAAGAACAACAGUCUACAAAUCAGUGGAUUCAGAUGAAUCAGGACAGAAGUAGCAGACAAUCCAAAUGUCUUUGUUUUCCCCCAUUUUGUGAACUCUGAUCUGAUACUUGCUUGGGGAUAAUCUAAUCAGAGCAAUUGAAUGAGGAGUUUCAAGUGCUGACUUGCUGAACCUGUAUUUGUUCUCAGAGGAGUAGCUAUUUAUUAUGCAAAGUUCCAGACCUACCAAAGAAGCAAUCUGUAAUCACGUGUCUGAGUCACCUUGUUUAACUGGUUUGGACUAGUCAGAGUUGAAAGGCACAAAUACAGAAAGAUGGGAGGGGCAGAAACCAUGGAACAACAUUGGUUGUAGUGCUGGACUAGAACAAGUAAGAAGGUGACUUUGAGCCAAUAGAAUGGAAAUCCACUAAUUCAACUGAUGAGGGAAACUAAGAGUCUGGAGCUUCAAGAUUCAAAUAAACCAAGGUCUAUUUUAGUUUGCUUUCAUCACUUUAAAAUGAAAGAUCAAAUUAUGAGAGGGCAAGGAAAGUGAGAAUUUUCAGAUUCAAGAUGAGGAUUACCCGAAGGAGGUAAUGGAACAAAGAUCAAAAUUUGCUUUGGGAAUGAAACAGGCAUAUGAUUUUUUAAAAAACUGUACCUGUUCUUGCGUUACCCAACCUGAAUUAAAGUUUUUCCCCCAAUUCUUCUGCUCGUACAUUUUUUGAUCAUGAAGAUGCACUAUACCCACUGUAAUUGACGAUUGAACUGUGUGGAAGACUGCUUGGUUAUCUGACAUCUCAUUGGUAUUUCGGAAAGAAGAUUUAUGAAGAUCACUUGGACAUUUCAUUGAGAGACUAUUAAAAAGAAGAUAAAGGUUCUUGUUCAUUAUUGCAUAUCAUUGGUAUUUCGGAAAGAAGAUACAUGGUUCAAAUAUGUUCAAAUGGUUAUUCGGACAUUUGUCCGAGGAAAAUAAGAUAAAGGGACUUGUUCCUUUGACCUAUUAA